AUGAAGAUCACAAAACCUGCUCAAGGGUCCAGUCUCAACCUUUCCCAUGCACCCGUGGGCACACAGAUCAAUCUCCCUAAUGAACAGCCACAGCCUCCAGCUCAAGUGUCUAACUUCAACCCACAUCAGUGGCAGCACCACUUAGAUGCACACAACUACCCGACCCUGAGUAACUCAAACCCUCCAAGCGCCAGCUUCAACAACUACUUAGAUUCCUUUGGCACCAGCUGUGCAAACUCAAGCCACCCAGAUUCCUCCAGCUCCAGCUACUCUAGUGCCAGGACUUUGCCCAUUCUCAGCAGGACUUGUACCUUCUCAGCAGGACUUUGCAUAUGUGGAUUAUCAGCACCCAGUUGGGUUAGUGAUGAUGAGGAAUUCCAAGCCCUUUUGGUCCCACCACCAGAUCUCCAACACUUACAGCCAAUGUUGAUGGGUGAGAUCUCCAACUCCCAUGUGAUGCAUGCUGUUGUGAUAGGAUAUUCCCUCUUCCCUCCACAGGGCUGUGAUAUCCUCCCAGAUACCUUUCAUGUUGAUUGGGUAUGGCACCUCAUUGUAGAUAAUCCUUUGGCAUUCAUGCAUCAACACUCCUUGACUACAGACAGUGCACUUAUCAUUCACAUGAAAUUCAACAACCCAUUCAUCCUUCACAUCCUGGCAAAACUUAUAUGGAAUCACUACACCACCAACUACAUUAUGCUAUCAGUGCAGCCAGCAGCUUUACAGAGUGAUUGCUCCCCAGAUGGCAUUUCCAACAUUCAAGAAGACUAA